AUGCUUACGAACGGAAAAGACCACUUACAUUCGGCAAGCAAAUUGGAAAAACCGCUCAAAAAUGACCAUCCGGAACCAGACCCGAUGGAAAAAUUGAAUUGGUUAAUACACUUGCAACACAUUCGGGGCGAAAUCGGUGUUUGCAAACAACUAAUCGAUUCGGAAAUUAGCAGGAGCCAGGGUAAGAACGAAUACGUUUAUUUCAAGCAGGGGAUUAUUUUGAAAGAAGAAGGCAACGUGCAAGAGGCAUUGGAAAUAUUUCAGAAAUGUUUGAAAUUGAAUCAGAAAAGUGCUUUGAUAUUAAAGGAGGUAGCGAAAUGUUUGUACGAAAUGAAAAGAUUUCGUUUAUCACUCAAUGCUUAUCUGGAAGCUGAACAACUAUCAAAAAAUACCGAUUGGCAACUUCACUAUUUUAUCGCUCAAACUUAUUUGAAACUAGGAAACGUUGAGAAAGCCAAAGAAUACGCUAAUAAAAGUGUCAAAUUAGGCAAACUAGAGGAAUCGUACGCUUUAUUGAUGAAAAUUUUGAUUGGCGAAAGGGAUUUCAGGUCCGCCAUAGCUGUGGAAUUUAAUUUUAAUUCCGAUAUCAACUCACUUUUUACUUUCGAUGAUUUACAAGAUCACCAACGUGUUCUUGCUCAGUCAGUAAUCGAUUCUUUCCGAGAAAUUUCCAGUGAUACUUCCAUCGGCAGGACCAACAAAAUAUCAAUGCAUAUUGAUACUGGCGACGCUAAACCUUUUAAAAGGAAGCAAUACCCAAUGUCUCCUUAUAUGCUGAAGAUUUUAAAUCAAGAACUCGAUGAAAUGAUAAAAUUAGUUGUUGUAGAACCUUCGCAAAGUCCUUAUUCCUCGCCUGUCUUUCUGGUAAAAAAAUCCAAUGAUGAAAUGAGGUUUUGUUCUGAUGGAAGAUUUCUAAAUGAGCAAACCAAACAUGACAGUUAUCCCUUGCCUAAUAUCGAACGAAUUCUCAGCAUGCUUCGUGGUGCUAAUUAUAUUUCUUCGGAAUCUUCGGUGGAUCUUCGUAAAGCUUUCUGGCAAAUCCCUCUUGACCAGGAUUCUCAAGAAAUGUUGUGUACAAAAAUACUACACAACAUUUCUUCUAAAAAUUUCAAUCGUUUAGAUUUCAUGGAAGAUAUUGAGAUCAGUAAAGAGUUGCGCAACAAUGAGCUAUGUCUUAACACUCAGGUAAAUCUGAAUAGAUCAUACAUCCCCUUGCAUAGACGCCUCUAA